AUGGAAGAAACCAAGCUCCUCUCUACGGAAGAGAUAUCGAAACACAAUUCACCCGAAGAUUGCUGGCUUGUGAUUGACGACCAAGUCUGGGACUGUACCAGCUUUGCGUACAACUCUGUGCACUCGCCGACCAUUGUCAAGAACAGCCUGGACCCAUUAUGCUCGAAAGGAAAUCUAGACAGGUCGACGGUCACGGCGGAAUGGGCCCGGGAACCACUGCCGAAGAAUAGAGCUCAAGCUGUGCCAGAUAGCGAGAAGCCGGCGUUACACACCAUCAUCAAUCUGAAUGACUUCGAAGAAGCGUCCGCCAAGAGCGCCUUCGCAAAGACCCAUGCGUUCUACUCCACAGCAGCAACAGACUGCUGGACUCGCGAUCAGAAUCUUUCAAUGCUGUCACGAAUUUGGUUUCGUCCACGUGUGAUGCGCGAUGUUGCCCAAGUCGAUACCACGAGCACAAUUCUUGGCACGCCAGUGAACCUGCCCCUGUGCAUCUGUCCCUCUGGCCUGGCAAAGAUGAUCAACCCCGAGGGCGAAAAAGCAUUGGCGAGAGCUGUAAAAUCGACAGGCAUCCUGGAGAUUAUCUCUUCGAACGCAAGCUACCCGGCAGCAGAAAUCGUAGAGCAGGCUCCAGACUACCCUUUCAUGUUUCAGUUAUACGUCAACAAAGACCGUAAGAGCUCUGAAGAAGUCAUAGCGAAUGCCAACUCUCUCGGCAUGAAAGCUAUCUUCGUGACUGUCGACGCGGCAGGCCGAGGAAAGCGAGAGUCUGAUGAGCGUCUCCGCGUGGACGAGAUCAUCGAGAAUCCUCUCACUGGCGAGAAAGGCACCGGCAAACGAGGCGGAGGUCUGACCAAGAUUGUGGGAAGCUACAUCGACCAGGCGCUGACAUGGGAUGACAUCGAGUGGAUCCGAAGCCUGACAGAUCUUCCGAUCGUCCUCAAAGGCAUUCAGACUGCUGAAGACGCGAAGCGAGCAUUGGCACACAAGGUUGACGGAAUCCUGAUAUCGAAUCACGGCGGCAGAAACCUUGACUACUCGCCGCCUUCCAUCUUGGUACUACUGGAAAUGCAUAAGCAAUGUCCGGAAGUAUUCGAUCAAAUAGAAGUUUACAUCGAUGGCGGUUUUCGUAGAGGCGGCGACAUGCUGAAAGCGUUGUGUCUGGGAGCCAAGGCUGUGGGCAUGGGCCGACCGUUCCUGUUCGCACUGAACUAUGGCACUGAGGGUGCCGAGCACCUUGUUGAGAUCUUGAAGGAAGAGAUGGAGUCUGCCAUGAAGUUGCUCGGCAUUCGUGAUCUUUCUCAGGUUCAUCCAGGCCUAGUCAACACCUCCCGCGUCGAUCAUCUAGUGCCAUCGACAGAAGAGCAUCCGUAUGCGAAGUGGCGUCCGAAAGCGAGGUUUUAA